AUGGCGGCGUCGACACCAGAACCUCAUCAAGCGGAAGGGAGAGCGGAUCCUGACGCCCCUCUCGAAGGAAAGCAUGAGAUUGCGCAACCUGUGUCUUCGGUGCCUCCUGUGCCUCCUGUGCCGACCGUGAUGAACGACCACGACCACGACCACGACCACGACCACGACCACGGCGACAACCACAACCACAACCACGACCAGGAUGGCCAGGAUAACCAGGAAUCCUCUCCAGGCUACACCUCGCCGUCUCAUAACCAGCGACUUAGCCGUAAGCCUGUCCCCCUGGCUCCCAAGUCGACUCACAAAUAUGCCUGUACCACGACAUCACAACCUCUUUCCGAUCGAGAUCGAACAGCACCGUCGCCAUCGGGAGACCAUUCAGCCUCGUCGUCCCGAAAUAUCUAUUGGGUCCUCCCUACAACUGCGGCUGCAUUUUUCCUGCUCGGACUGGGCGUGGCAAUAGGCCAUCACUUCUUCCUCCAGUCGCUGAACGACCAACCCGUGUCCAACCAGGUCUGGAACAAUCGAUACUCACUGGCCAUGGCAUUCGUGGUCAAGUUCUCGCUGGGCGCUGCCAUCUCGCUGGCGUAUGCGCAGCGACUGUGGUUCACGCUGCAGCAGACCAAGCCUGGUGUCACGGUCAGGGCGAUCGACGCCUUGUUCGCCGUGCAGGAGUCACUGAUCAAGUUACUCACCUGGGACCUAUGGCGAUCGGCCUUCCUGGCCACGCUGAUGGCGAUUGUGGUCUGGCUGUUGCCCUUGGUCGCGGUGGUGUCCCCCACGGCACUGUCUGUGGGCUCACUGGCCCGCUCGACCAGGAACGUGGACUGCAUCGUGCCGACGCUCAACAUGGCGGACCAAAGCUGGCAAGAUUUCGGCACCGCGCUGUCGCUGUCGACGGUCUCCUACACGGGGGUCAGCUACACGCCUUCCAUGACAGCUCGACGAAUCGUCGGAGCCACCAGCCAAAGUGGCCAGCAGCUAGGAUGGGCGUCUCCAUGCGGGCCCAACUGCACAUACACGGUCGGCUUCGUCGCUCCGUCCAUCCGAUGCACGCGGGCGCAGAACAUCGACGAUCCCGAAGCGCCUUGGACGUUGUCGAGGCCGUCGUAUGCCACAGGCUCUUACUGGUUUGCCGGGUAUGGCAGUGGCUCGAAUUACAGUUUCGCAGAUGAACAGACCUUCUAUGACCCAGUCUACUCUGCCGGACUGAACCAAAACACCAGCCAAUUCUGGGCCGGGGUGAGCAACGUCUUCGCGGCCGUGGCGUCGCCGACCGAGUCGGUCGAGCAGGGGCUCGAUGUACACGCCUACUUCUGCGACUUCAUGAACACCUCGUACCUGGCCAACAGACGAACCAAGUGCUACAUCAGCCACGUCAAUCGGCUGGACAUAUCCUCUCAGGCGUGGAACAACCAAGGACCCAGCCAUGCCGGCCAGCCGGACGCCGAGGGGAUCAGGGCGGACCUCAGUCCCGCCGAGCUGGAUGUUGCGUCGCUGUACCAGCUCCUGAUCACCAUGAUCAACGGCACCAUCUAUCGCGAUCCAAGACAGACGCUGACCGACCAGACCACCCUGUCGCUGGUCCCGACCCUGGUCACCCACUACAACGGCAGCACGGCCUACGGCCAGGCCGAACUGGCCAUCCCGCACCUCGAGAUCGGCCCUCUCAUCGAGGCUCUGUCGCACAACAUCUCCAUCUCGCUGCUCUCCGAGCCGCGGCUGCAGGUCACCAACACCACCACCACGGCCUGCGACGUCAGCCGAACGCUCACGGUGUGGAAGUAUGAGCCCUGGCCGUUGGUCGCGGCCUAUGCUUCCGCGGUAGGACUGACGCUGCUGUGUCUGGCGGUCGGCGCUCAUGCAUUGCUCGCCACGGGCUUUGCGAGAGACAAGGCCUUCUCGUCGGUCGUGCGCACUACUAGGACGCCUGAGCUGGAUAUCAUGGCUUCUCCGGCCGACUCGGGUGCUUUGCCACUUGCCAAAGAGGUCGAAAGGCUGAGUUUGAAACUGGUGACUGGGGAGGCGGGUGGUGUGGUGUUUCAUUUGGAGGAGAGGAUGAGUUCGAUGUAA